GGGCGUGACAGACUGACAUAUUUCGCGAGUGCGCGUGUCGUAGAACGUUUGCAGCUUACAUCUUUUUUUUAAGUGAAGGGAGACGGGGAGCUGCUGUCACUGACAACAUGGGGGCACACGUUAGUACGUUGGGGACGGUUGUGUGGUAUCCCUUCUACCUGGUCUUUGCCAUAUUCAAGAGGCUUUUUGGAAAGUCUGCUCCUGCCAUCACCUUGGAAAGUCCCGAUAUCAAAUAUCCGCUGAGACUUGUCUUCAAAGAUGAACUCAGUCAUGACACAAGGAUGUUCCGCUUUGCUCUGCCGUCUCUCGAGCACGUUCUGGGUCUCCCCAUCGGCCAACACAUUUACCUGUCUGCCAGGAUAGAUGGGAAUCUGGUGGUGCGACCCUACACUCCAGUGUCCAGUGAUGACGACAAGGGCUUUGUGGAUCUGGUUGUUAAGAUCUACUUCAAAAAUGUCCACCCCAAAUUCCCUGAAGGAGGUAAAAUGUCACAGUAUUUGGAAGCGUUGGAAAUUGGGGACACCAUUGACUUCCGUGGACCCAGUGGUCUUCUGACCUAUGGAGAGAAAGGAAGUUUCCAGAUCCGAGCGGACAAGAAAUCUGCACCAGUUACGAAGAAGGCAAAACACCUGGGCAUGAUUGCUGGGGGAACAGGAAUAACCCCAAUGCUACAGCUCAUCCGUGCCAUCAUGAAAGAUAAAGAUGACCCUACAGUGUGCUAUCUGCUCUUUGCUAACCAGACAGAGAAGGAUAUCCUGUUACGGAAUGAGUUAGAAGAAAUCCAGGUCAAUUACGGCUCCCGCUUCAAAUUAUGGUACACACUGGACCGUGCGCCUGAAAAAUGGGAUUACAGCCAGGGAUUCGUAAACGAGGACAUGAUCAAGACCUUCAUGCCACCUCCUGGGGACGAUGUUCUGAUGUUGAUGUGCGGUCCCCCGCCAAUGGUCCAGUAUGCCAUUAACCCUAGCCUGGACAAGCUGGGCUACCCCCAGGACAGGAGGUUUGCCUAUUAGACCCUCUAUGUCCAGCCCUGAGGUUGCUACUCUGAGAAAUAUGGGAAAGGCAACGCCAGCAUCAGACCUGGAGCAAAGAGCAAGUGUUUCGUCACAAGCCUCUUGCAAUCUGCUGCCUUGUCAUUGUAUCCACGUAUUCAAAGUUUUGUUAUGCUUAUUAUAUUUUCUUCUUGGUAUGGAACACAAACACCAGGCAAAGUUAAGUCUGAGCCCAGAUGGUAACAUGGUGAAAUAUAAAGGGGUAAAUUAUAUGGGAGGCGCACGUGAGAGGUUGGGCAUCAGGUCGGCUACAUGUCCAGGUUUUAAGCACUUGGUAAGAUGAGACUAACUGUUAAUCAGUUGCCUUAUUGGCAAGUCCACUCAAAAAAUGUUUUGGGUGUUUCUCUCUCUCUCUCUCUCUCACUCACACACACACACACACACACACACACACACACACACACACACACACACUCUGGGAGCUAUGUAAUGGGUCGGAAUAAACUAGAAAGUUAAAGAUCUGUGAAAUGGGUUUUUGUUUUUUCUCACCACUUCAGUUUCACAUUACAUUUUUAAACCCCCUAAAAUUCUUUGAGUCAGUUUGGAUUCCUUAAAGUGUAUGUGAACCCUAAAUUACUUUUCAGCAUGUUUUGGCAGCAGGCCUCACUGUAAACCGUUUCUUAAGCAAAUAUAUUUUUUGUGAAUGUCACAGCAUUUCCUGUUUCAGACCACCAACGUUGAGUCACUGCCUUGCAGCAGUGUUGUCGGCCUGUUGUAUGAGGUCCUUCAGUUAGCCAUUGGGCCACCUAUCUGAUAAACCUAAUAAGCAGCUGAAGGAGCGCAGGCUAACAACGCUUCUAAUUGUGUGAGACAGCGGCCUAGCAUUAUGUUAUAGGAAGUGCUGUUACUGGUGGGAUCUCCAGGUAAGAAACAUUGCAACAGAUUCACAAAAAGUUUGCCUAGGAAAACUCUACACAGUGAGACACGAUGGCAAACUCAAAAUAAAUUUUGUGUUUUCAUACUUAAUUUUUUGUCACAAUUUCUGUUUUAGAGAGAGUUGCGUUUUUUUUUUUUGAACGCAUACAAAUUGUUUGAGUCACACAGUUUGGGUUCCUUUUUUAUAGUUCGAUCUUUUCUCUCCACCUGUUGCAGAACUACUUAAACAUGCAUGCUAUGUCAUGCAGCAUGGCAUGCUGGGACUUGUAAUUCCACCCUAGGAGAAACCUAGGCUGCUCCAUUUUUCUGGGAUUGUAAUUGUGUUGGUUCUCACUGACAGUCUAUUAUCUAAGUGUUAACACUAGCAAUGGUUCUAAAAUAGCUUACGUUUUUUGGGGUCAGAAUUGUGUUGGUGGGUUUCCCUAUUUAGGCAGGAAAUGGUCUGUCUCUUGCUGUGUUCUUUUUGCUGUGUAUUCCCAACGUGUGCACUAUGCUUGGCCUCCUUUUUAUUCAAUUCUCAAAACUGUCUCUUACCCAGAGCCACUAAUCAGGCUUCACCAACUACAUUCCAUCUAUUGAUUACUGAAUGUUUAAGGCUGUGGGUAACAGACGGUUCAUAUUUAACAAACCUGAGGUCAGAUCUCAGCACUAAGCAGCCGUCUUUCUAUUUGCACUAUGAAAUUUCUUCUGUCCAGCCUGCGGCCCCCUUGGACAUCCUCUUUGCAGCAUAACUUUGUCUUUCUGGAAGCCUGUGUACAAUGUAAUUUUUUAUUAUCUUCUCCUAAAUAUAAAUCCGUUUUGAGAAUGAAUUUGA